AUGAGACAGUCUGCAGAUGAUGUGGAUGAUGCAAAUGACAAUGAGCUGGUCUGUUUGUAUGACAAAGAGAACCCAGUAGUUGAGGUUGGAAAGUUGUGGCCAAAUAUGAAUGAGUUUAGGAUGUCUUUUAGGACCUAUGCAGUGAAAAAAAAGUUUGAUGCCAAGACUAUGUGGACUGAUAGGAAGAAAUUUUAUGCUAGGUGCAAAGGCUAUGAUGGUGGUGGAAAUCCAUGCAAAUGGUACAUAUCUGCCAGACUACAACCUGAUGGCAGUACAGUCAGGGUAAAUCAAAUACCAAACCAGCAUAUAUGUAUGACCACUUCACAGAGAGUUUCAAAUAUGACAAACCAGCUUUGGAUUACAGAGAAGAUUACUCCUAUUUUAGCAAAAACUCCAAACACUACUGCAAAAAGGCUUAAAGUGGACUUGGAGAAGCUAUACCCCAUCAAACUGAAAUAUACCACAGUUUGGAAGGCAAAACAAAGGGCAAUGAAAUCAUUGUAUGGUGACUGGGCAAAUACAUUUAGGAUGUUGUAUAGCUUUAAAGCUGAGGUGGAGAAGAGGUCACCUGGAAGUGUGGUGGAGAUAGAUACAGAGGUUUCAGAGGAUGGCAGUGUUUACUUCAGCAAGUUUUUUAUGUGUUUGAAGCCUUGCAUAGAUGGAUUCAAAGCAGGAUGUCGUCCAUAUUUGAGCAUAGACUCUUCUUUUUUGACUGGCAAGUGGAAUGGUCAGUUGGCUGCAUGCAAUGCUUUGGAUGGACACAACUGGAUGUUCCCAAUUGCAAUUGGACUGUUUCAAUCAGAGACAGAGGCAAGCUGGACAUGGUUCAUGAUGCAACUGAAAAGAUGCAUAGGGCCAGCUAUGGUUUGA